GUUGAGCGCCGCUCAAACUCAAGUUGGAAACAAUCACGACUAAUUGACAAAUGAAAAGUCUAAUUGAACGUUAAAUUGAUCAGCAAUUAAAAUCAAUCAUAUUGAUCAUGAGAAGUAUAUAACAACAUAUGUGUGAAAUUGGAAAUGGCAACAAACACAUUUUAUUGUGAAGUUUGCAAAUAAAAAUAUUUCUACUGAGCACUUUAAAUACGGAAGUAUUUCGUGGCACACAUUUACAGAUUGCAUUAUUAUCUUUGAUGUAAAAGUGUUGUCGGAAAUAAUAGAAGAGCUAAGAAAUCGUUUGAAUUUUGAAAAGUUUAGUUAUAACUAAAAAAGAAUAGAUAGUCGUGUGAUUUAGUGACUGAAGUGCCUGUGCCACAGUAGCAUUUUUAUGUAGAUUAUACACUACUUUCAUAUAUUAAUAGUUCGAAUAAUAAUUUAAAGAGAAAAAUGGCGGGUGACAUUCCAAUGGGUGCCAUAGAAGGAAAUAAGCAAUCUGGCAUUGCUAUUGAAAACGAACAUGAAGUAAGCCCAACAAAGGUGAUAAUUCAUGAGCAUACUUUGGACGAAGCAGUAGGAGCAACAAAAAUUGGAAAAUUUCAAACAAUAUUGAUCGUGUUGAGCGGUCUUAGUAUUAUGGGAGCUGGGUUGGAAAAUGUCAACAUUAGCUAUAUUCUACCCUAUGCAAAGAGUGAUCUUAAAUUAACCAUUGCCGAACAAGGCGUGCUGACUUCUGUAUCAUUUCUCGGCAUUGUGUCGACAUCAUAUUUAUGGGGUUUUCUCGCUGAUACAUGGGGCCGGCAGAAGGUGCUUUGUGUAGCGGCUCUGAGUGGAUUUUGUUUCUCAUUUAUAUCUGGAUUUGCAACAAAUACGACAACGCUUAUUAUUCUUCGAUUUUUAGCGGGAGCAUUCCUGGCCGGAAGUCAAGCGGGUGGAUUCUCCUAUAUAAGUGAAUUUCACACAUUCAAAACGGCUGCACGAGCGGUUGCUUGCUCAUCAAUAAUGCUAAGCGGUCUGGCAAUCGUAUUAUCAUUGUUAGCCAUUGUAAUAUUGCCAAUGGGGUGGACUUGGCACAUUUUUGGUAUGGAUUUUAAGCCUUGGCGCUUCUUCAUCGUUUGCAGCUCUUUUAUCAACUUGUGGAACGGUGUUGUGUUUUUAUUUUUGCCAGAAAGUCCAAAGUUCCUACUUGCCAUUAAUGAAAAAGAGAAAGCACUUCAAGUAUUAAGAAGGGUUUACGCAUUCAAUACCGGUCAACCGGAAGAGAGCUACCCUAUCAAAAGCAUCAAGAGUGAUUCAAUUGGUGGUAACAACUUAGCGAGCACGAAAGGAUUUUGUAAUAUUAUGUGCUUGUUAUGGUCACAAACGAAGCCAAUUUUUUUGCCUCCUUUGCUUGCGCAUACGUGGAAACUGUGCUACCUCAUAUUUGCCAUUUUUGCCAUUGGACAUGGAACUUUUAUGUGGUUCCCCGAUUUUCUGGUUCAGCUUCAAAACUACAAUGGACCGCCGAAAAUUCUUUGUUCAGUCGUUGAACCAAAACCAAAAUUAGUUCAGGACGAUUUUGAAAUAUGUCAAAAUGUAGAUAACCAAAACCUACCAACGUACCAAAUUUUGUUGGGAGUCGGCAUAUGUUUCAUGGCGUCUGGCAUGUUAACAAGUUUGUUGAUGAAGAAAAUUUCACCCAAAAAAAUUAUCUGCAGUUGGAUGUUUGUUUCAACGUUGACAUGUUUUGCAUUGAAUUUCUUCACUAAUUUCGGAAUGAUUGUGACCAGUUUCAUAAUUUUCCUCAGCUGCUGUAGCUGUGCAAAUAUUGUGAUGGCAGUUGCAGUGAAUUUGUUCCCCACCAACUUUAAGGGAAUGGCCACCGCUUUCAUAUUGAUGUGUGGAAGAAUUGGAGGAUUUGCCGGCAGUAAUCUUGUCGGAAUGCUACUGACAGGCAUGUGCACUUCGAUUUUUUAUAUCGAAGGCGGAUUAUUGAUCAGUUGUAUCUGUGUCUUUUUGACAAUAAAAACCACCGAAAAGUCAACGCAAAAGCCAGUACCUGAGCCAAAAUAAUGGUUUUGCAAUUAAUACAAAUUAAGUUCUAAAUGAAGAAUAAAUAAAUAAAGAUUCAUUCUAUUUCCGCGUGUCAUUUUUUCCACUUAGAUUAUCACAUUUUUUGUUCGCGUACUUGUACAUCAAAUAAGAAGAGCACACUUGAACUGAUGACAUUUAAGAGGUGUAUAUAAAGAGAUGAAUCACAGAGUUGCCAAUCACGCAAACCGUACAGAUUUAUAACGCAAAAUACAAGUACAGUUCAGUUCUUAUCAAUGUAAAUGGUGUUGUUCGACUUCUUUUUUAUGAUUACCAAACGUAUAACGUAUAACGUAAUAAUUAUGACAAUUUCAUUCGUUGAACUAAAGCUACAAUUAAAGUAAAA